UAUUGAGAAUUUUCUCAAUUCUUGAUUUGUGUUAGAGGACAAUACAAUUUCAGUUCGGAUUUUGGAAUAAUUAUAUUUCUGCCCUAAAAAAGAAAUAAGCUUUUAUCGUGCUGUGAUAUAAAUACUUAAACUCCUCAAAAUGGCUCUAAAAGCUCUUGUGGGUCAAAAGAUUAUGAAUGAAGUGAUUCGCUAUAGGCCAAAGGGAAAAGAUAAUCAAAAGGUUGAAUGGAGGAUCCUAAUUGUAGACCAAUUGUCAAUGAGGAUGGUGUCUGCAUGCUGUAAAAUGCAUGACAUUUCUGCUGAAGGAAUUACUUUGGUAGAAGACAUUCACAAGAAGAGAGAACCCCUAUACACCAUGGAUGGCAUUUACUUGAUUACUCCUUCUGAGAAGUCCGUGCAUGCCUUAAUAAAUGACUUUUCUAUUGGAAAUCGAAUUAUGUACAAGGCUGCUCAUGUGUUCUUUACUGAAGUGUGUCCUGAGGAAUUGUUCAACGAACUUUGCAAGUCCACAGCAGCCAGAAAAAUUAAAACAUUGAAGGAAAUUAACAUUGCUUUCCUACCAUAUGAGAGCCAGGUAUUCUCGUUGGAUUCUCCGGAGACUUUCCAAUGCAUGUACAACCCAGCGUUGACGCAGACUCGUAAUGCCAAUAUGGAACGAAUUGCAGAACAAAUUGCUACUCUCUGCGCCACUCUUGGAGAGUACCCAUCAGUGCGCUAUCGCAGUGACUGGGAACGUAAUGUGGAGCUUGCUCAACUCAUUCAACAGAAACUUGACGCGUAUAAGGCUGAUGAGCCAACAAUGGGUGAAGGACCAGAAAAGGCCCGGUCCCAACUAUUAGUGUUGGACCGCGGCUUUGACUGUGUAUCUCCUUUGUUGCAUGAGCUCACUCUUCAGGCUAUGGCUUAUGAUCUAUUGCCCAUUGAGAACGACGUGUACAGGUAUGAAGCUUCCGCGGGUUCGAUGAAGGAAGUACUUUUAGAUGAAAAUGAUGAGCUUUGGGUGGAACUUCGUCAUCAACAUAUCGCCGUGGUCUCCACCUCAGUCACCAAGAACUUGAAGAAAUUCACAGAGUCAAAGCGAAUGGGGGGAGGUGACAAACAAUCAAUGAGGGAUCUAUCGCUUAUGAUAAAGAAGAUGCCGCAGUACCAAAAGGAGUUAUCGAAAUACGCGACUCAUCUGCGGUUGGCCGAAGAUUGCAUGAAGGUUUACCAAGGCUACGUUGACAAAUUGUGCAAAGUGGAACAGGACCUUGCCAUGGGAACUGAUGCCGAGGGUGAAAAGAUAAAGGAUCACAUGAGAAGCAUUGUUCCAGUGCUUCUGGAUCAGGCUGUGAAAAACUACGACAAGAUGCGUAUAAUCGCUCUAUACAUAAUGUCGAAGAAUGGUAUCUCUGAAGAGAAUUUGAACAAACUGGUGACUCACGCGCAACUGGAACCUUCGGACAAGCAAGCCCUGCUUAAUUUGGCUAACCUUGGACUGAAUGUAGUCGUUGAUGGCAACAGAAAGAAGCAGUACCAAGUGCCCCGCAAAGAGAGGAUUACUGAACAGACUUACCAGAUGUCGCGAUGGACUCCAGUUCUUAAGGACAUUAUGGAAGACGCUAUCGAUGACAAAUUGGACCAACGUCACUUCCCAUUCCUCGCUGGACGUGCUCAGACCUCUGGAUAUCAAGCACCUACUAGUGUACGCUACGGUCAUUGGCACAAGGACAAAGCGCAGCAGACUGUCAAAAAUGUACCGAGGCUUAUCGUUUUUGUUGUUGGAGGUGUAUGUUUCUCAGAGGUGCGUGCCGCCUAUGAAGUGACUGCCGCUCUCAAGAACUGGGAGGUCAUCAUUGGAUCCUCUCACCUCCUUACACCCGACAACUUCCUCUCCGACCUCAGCUCUCUCACUGCUUAAAUUAACUGAAUCAGUUUUGUGUGGUAAAUUAUUUUUAUUUCAUAUAAAAUUUAAUUAGAAUUUGAAUCCCAUUUAAGUCAAUAUAACCUGAACGUCCACUGAAAUAAUUUCAUGACAGCUUUAGCUUAUAAAUCAUUGAGGAUGGCUUCGAAUAUAAUAUGGAAAUACGUUUAUUUUAUAUGUUAUAAAAAGAAGCGUCUCCGUUCAUAAACAAUUGAAGGUUUUGUUAGUUUUAGUAAUCAAGACUACAUACUACAAUAAAAUAUAAAAUGUUUCGAAAACUAUUGUUGUCUUUGUAUAAAAAUAUGGACUUAAGGGUGCAUAUUAAGAUGAAGUCAUUAAUAUGACAGAAUGUGAUCGCAUCUAUAUUUUAACUUAUGUCUUGCUUUGUAUAGAUUUCGUAGUAAGAAAAGCCUAAAAUUAAUAUAGAGUAUAAUUUGCUUGAAUAAUUACCAAAAAGUUUACUAAGUCGGCAUAAUUUUGACAACCCAUGUCGAUUUCCUAAUUUCACAUUAUCUAUGGAAUAGAUAAUCAUUGUUUUACAUUUAGAUUUUAUUAUUGUUGCCGUUACUUAAAUUUUAUUACGUUUCGUCAAAAGUAUUAUAGUAUAUGGCUUGUAUACCUUAUUUUAUCUUAAUUUAUUAUGAUUUUAAUAUAAAAUAGAUAGUAGCGUGUUUAAAAUAAAUAAUUAAGUGUUGUACGUGUGACAUAAUAACAUUUCCUGUUAGUAGAAAUAAAAUAUAAGAAUUAAGUCUUUAUCGCAUAUUUCAAAAUAUCACUUAGAUUUUAAAUACAUUUAAUGUCAUAUAUUGGUUAAUGGGUAUAAUGGUAUAUAACUAUUUGUAAUUUAGUUUGUGUAUUGAUGAUACCUUUUAAUUAACAUUAAAUUGCAAUGGAACCGAUUCGGCACCACAGUCUCCAAAAAUAUUCUGAAUAUUAAAAUUUGUGUGCAAAAACUAAAGAUAAUCAUGCCAAUUAAUGCACUACUGCUAUUGGCUAGGUAGGCCCAUUGUUUGUUGUUGGCAUAAACGUAUCUAAGUAUAUGUUGGAAUAUAAAAAUAAUGUAAUUGUUUUCCUUAGCAAUAGCAGUGUUUACAUUCCAUGUUUACAUAUUGAUAUAUAGAUUUAAUCAUUCAGUCACAUGACUUUAUCUCUAGCAAAUAUGUUUAUUCUUACUAAUAAUAGGGCUGUAAUUUAUAAUAAUUAUCGCAGAUUUGUAUAGUUUAGGGAAAUAAAUUGUGUGGUCAAGCACAUUCUUAUAAUAGAAAAACUUUAUGAGCCAAAGUUUUUCUAUUAAAAAGAAACAUUUCUCGUUGAAAUACGAAAAAAAUGCGAGAUUUUAUCAAUACUUGUUUCAUAUUGACGGUAUUUUUGUCUGACCAAUAAUACGAAUGAUUUCAAAAAUACUCGCUCGUACUUGGAUAAAUUGUAAUAUGUGGUGGAUUUUAAAAUAAGAAUUGAUAAAAUACGCUUACUAUCUCCUAACGGUUAAUAAUGAUUAUAAAAUAACAUUAAAGUUUCGAGCGGAAAUUAAAAAUGUUGCAUUCAAUUGUGUAUCUCGCUCCGCUGUAAAUUAGAAAUGUUCUUGUGCAAUUAUAUAGAAAUAUUGGAAGUAUAAAGUUUGUCAGUAUUUAUCUGUUAUUAAAUAUUUAUUUGUAAUCAUUA